CACGGUUCCGCAGAAAUCCUUCGAGCCUCGCGCCAUCCGCGUAUAGCAGUACUCCCCAUCAAAUCCGAUGCCAUACCGUCGUCUAAUCAUAGGCGCCUACUACUGCAUCCAAAACUACCUCCCCCAGGACCUAGUGGUACUGCUUCGCGUGGCAGUACUAGGCCUAUACGCUGUAUCACCUGUUUCAGUGCACCCAGUAAAACUAUACCUGUUUCAAAACGUUCGCGAGGGUACUAAAAGACCUAGUACUAGUUUACGUCAAGUUCGUGAUUAUAGCGAUAGUACUGACCGUUCUAGCGUACUGGUACACGAUCUACGUAGCUCAGGAGGAGAUAGGAGCACCGUAGAGCAUAGAGGAGUAGAGUAGAUUGAGUGGAAUAUGUUCUGAAGUGUUCGAUUUGAAUGAAACAGAAUGAAGCGGCCACCCGGAUUGUGGAUACUGUUAUCAGCUGGCGUUUUGUGGUUAUGUUUGCGAGACGUAGAUGGUGUUCGGGCGACAUCGUUGAUCUUCGGCAGAUCAACGACGACCACGACGAGUGAAGCGCCACCCAGUGGACCAGAAAAUACUAAUAAUGAUGAGACUGGCACAAAUUCAAACCAAUCGGGCAAUAGUACCAACAAUAGUGCCAACAGUACCGCCAACGAAAGUUCGGAACCCACCCUGACAGGCAUACCCCAAAUAGACUAUUUAAGUGAUCCAAACUUGCCCAAAGAACUAAACGGUUUCAACUUAUCGGAUUACCCGUUUUAUGAAAGGGUACCGGCUGAAGAGAUAGACUUCAAAUGUGACGGACUACAUGAUGGGUUCUACGCAAGCGUACCUCACAAAUGUCAAGUAUACCAUCACUGUCUUUUUGGUACGAGGUACGACUUCCUUUGCGCAAACUACACAGCCUUUGACCAGAAAACCUUCAUCUGUCACUUUGUUUCCGAAGUUGACUGUCAAAACUCCAAAAAAUUCUGGCACAGAAACGACGCCUUAUACCAAGCGGCAAGUACCACCACCACGGCAAGCCCCUUGAAUCUGAGGGCUGCCAUUUAUACCACCGCUUCGCCCGCUGGUGCUGCUGAUCCUGCGACACCUAUUCCUGCUUUGCCUGCUAAUCCAAGGAGACCUGGCUUCAGGAGAAGGCCUUAUGGAGCUGGAGGCAGAAGAAGACCUCAGUAUGAUUAUUAUGAUGAUGAGUACUAUGAUGACGAGUACUACGAAAGACCCAGGCCGAGGAAGAGACCUAGACCGAGACCUAGGCCUGUGUAUGAUGAGGAUUAUGAAGAAUAUGAAGAUGAGAGGUAUGAAAGUAGACGUGGUGGGGGCAGAAGAAGACCCUACAGAAGAAACAACACCAGGAAGAAGCCCAAACACGAAGAUGCCGAUGAUGUAGUUGAAGAAAGAUUCGAAGACGAAGAUUUUAUUGCUGCACACAACAGACAGAAGACUGAAGAACGGCGAAAACGCCCUGUAGACGACUACGAUGAACCAGAACAAGAUCGAAAACACUCCAACCCUCGAAAAUCAACUAGAAAAGGAUCCAGGAAGCCUGCAAGUGAAGAAUACGAAGACGAACCUGCUCAAGACUACGAAGAACGUCCUAAAAAACGAAUUAAAGAAAGUGCAGACGGUAGACCAAUCAUCAAACCAUCAACAGGAACCAUUUAUGACAGACCCAGAGUUGCACCGAAGAUUAACUUGCCUGUACCCAAAAACGCAGCUGAUAAGUUCUCCUACAAGAACCUAGGAGGUGCCCAAGGUGCUAGCAGUACUUCAACAACGACUAGUACCACAACACUUGCUCCAGAAAACGUAGAAGAUGAGUUAGAAGAUGAAGAAUACGAAGAACCGCUUCCUAAAAGAUCAAAAAUCCCAAAUAGGAGGCCAUCAAGUGAAUCAAAACGAGAUAAAAACAAAAAUGAAGAUACUAAAGCACAAUCCACGUUAUCCAGACCAAGAAAUAAGAAACCUGAGGUUGAAGAAAGUAGUGUGAAGCCUAAAUUCAGUAAUACCCGACCCAGGUACAGGCCUGCAUUGAAAAGGAAGCCUGUAGUUGAGGAAUACUACGAAGAUGAAGAGGAGGAGUACGUUGAAGAUGAAAAGAAGCCUGUAGUAGCUCAGAAACCUUCUACGACUACAAGCACUUCUACGACUACUACAACUACAACCAGUACUACCACAACAACUACAGAAAUUCCAAGAAAAGAGCCUUUGAUGAGGAUUAUAAAAAGACCUUUCCUCCCUAGUCGAGGUGGGAACCCUUACAGCCCCAGGGGACUUCAACCGGUUGGUUUAAAGGCUUCUAGCCAGGAGGAGGAAGAUUAUAUUGAAGAAAAAUCAAACGAGGAGGUGGAAGUACCAAGAAAACCUCCUUUCAAACCUUCACAAGCUGUCGUAAAGUACCCUAGGGAACCUGAAGAAGUUAUUAACCUCCAACCUUCACGCCCUCAGACUUACGUGGCUCCUAGGACCACUCCGAAGCCUCCUAGAUCGAAAAACCCCGAUCUAAUUGAACUGAACGAAUAUGACGUUACUUUAAAUGACGCUCUGAAUCCGACGUUGCCGAAUUUACCGGUCAGAGCGUUCCCUGCUGGUUUCAGUCCGGGAGUGCCGCAAGAUUAUGCUUCUUACGCCACCUACCAGAGACCCAGGUACGUUCUGGAGCCUGUGGGCGGUCAGCAGGGAAGGAGUGGGUAUGUUAGGCCUGCGCAGACCCAAGCCAUAUUGUCUGGGUACCGAUAGAGAGUGGAUUUGUGUGGAAAGUUAGGUUAGGAUAGGUUUCGUGUUAAAAAAUUCGUGUAAAAUAUUCUUGUAAAUUAAAUUUAAAAUAAAGAUAUUUGUAGUA